UAAAUUUUGGCGUAUCUUUACAAUAUGGUGACAAGUUGCAUUAUAUAAAUUAUUGCGUUGAGGAUAGCAAUUUUAAAAUCCACAUCCAGUAACAGGACUGAAGAUGACUCUUAAAUUUUAUGGCAAUUUAUUGUCACAGCCAUGUCGAGCAAUUUUUAUAUUCUUGAAGGCAAAUCAAAUACCUUAUGAGUUUAAAUUCAUCGAUAUGACAAAAGGAGAGCACUUAUCCGAAGAAUAUGAAAAGCUGAAUCCAUUGAAGAAGGUCCCAGUUAUUGAAGAUCGUGGAUUUAUCCUGAGAGAGAGCGUGGGAAUACUUCGGUACCUGUGUCGUGAGAAAAAAGUUCAAGACCACUGGUAUCCUACAGACAGUAAGCAGCAGGCUAAAGUGGAUGAGUAUCUGGAAUGGCAACACUUGGACACAAGGUUGAAUUGUGCAAUGUAUUUCCAGUAUAAGUUUCUAAUACCGCUAUUAAAGAGUGAACCACCAAAUGAGAAAAAAGUUACUGAAUUUGAAAGAAGAAUGAAAACAACAUUAGGACUAAUUGAAAAUGUGUGGCUGAAAGAUACACCAUAUUUGACUGGUAAUGAAAUUACCAUUGCUGAUUUGUUGGGAGCUUGUGAAAUAGAGCAAACAAGAAUUGCACAAUAUGAUGCAAGGACCGAGUACCCGAAAAUUGCUACCUGGUUAGAAAGGGUGCGUUAUGACGUCAACCCCUACUAUGAUGAAGCACAUGGCAUUCUCAACAAGAUGGCUGGGAAGUCAAAAUUAUGAAGAAAUAAAACUGUUGUUACUGUUACUAUAAACUUUACAUAAGCACAUGAUUAUCUAAAAGUUCGUGAUGAUGGCAUAUUACUACAACUACUGUGUUUCUGUACAGUAUCCAUUAUCCUGUUUUUAUUUAAAAAACACAGUGUUUCGGAGACUGGAUUCUGUGUCCAUCUCCAGGUGGAACGUGGUCAGUUGGACCCAAUCAGUAGAGCUGGUCACUAUCUCUGGACACCAGCACUAAUGCAAGGUAGGAUAUAUAAUCCAAGCGCAACACAAACCAUCUGUGAGAGUUAAGAAAAACAUUAAAAACAUAAAAACUCCAAAUGCCUAUAUCUGUGCACUACUUCAUGGCUAUUAUUGUUAAAAUUGGAGUACUAUCAGAAUAUUCAGUAAGUCAUCAUCACAGAGAGAGUUCUGUGUAUGGUACAUACAUAAAAACAAUUUUCACACAUAAUGUACACUGGACAGCAUUGCAGUUUUCUGACUUUUUCUGUGAUAAUCAGAGUCCAGAUGAGAGAGAUGUCAAGCCAUGAAAUAGUGCAUGGACAUAGGUGCUAGGCCUUAUAUGUGUGGAGUUUUUUUUCCUUCUCCCCCCCCUCUCUCACAGAUGGUUUGUGUUGUGCUUGGUUUAUAUUAUAUUAUAUCGAUUGUCUCAUGUGUUGGGGCUGGUGUCCGGAGGUGGGGACUAGCUCUGUCAAUUGGGCCAACUGAGUAGGUUCCACGUAAAGGUGGAGAUAGAAUGCAGUCUCUGAAACAUUGUGUUUUAAAUAAGAACAGGAUGAUGAAUAAUUCCCAGAAACACAAUAAUUGCACAUAAUUAUCGAUCAAAUAUCUUACUUUUUUUAAUGGAUUACUCAUUGAUUAUGAAGUGAGGGAGAACAUUUUUCAGUAUAGAAAGUACUAAUUUUGGGAGUUUUUCUUUUCUUUCUCUAAGCAAAGCAGUGAUGUGAAGUGUAAGAUAUGUUACAAUAUGAAAUUGCUGAGCAUAUAUUGUAAUACUCAUUAACUGAUCAGUGUUACUAUUGAGAGAUAGUGUCCCCAAAAUGCCCAGUACUGGUUGAUGCUGAAAAUAUAUUUUAAUGGGGUUUAUACAAUAACAGGGUGAAAAUACAUUUACUUUUGUAGUAUUUUUAUUUGUCAGAUUCUUGCCAUUUUUAAGGUAAGUAAGAGAGCGUGAAAAAUCCACUUGGCUGUGGUAGAAGGGAUAACGUGAGGAUUAUGGCCUUGUCACAGUAAAGAUAAAGAACUGCUUCUACCUGAUGUGUGAAAAUAUAGUUCACAAUUCCAUGUAAUUCAUGUAAAGAAAGUUGAGGAGUUAAAAAAAGAAGACAGCAUUAGAAAUCA